GUAUGUCUGGGAGAAGGAUGGGGCCGCCCUGGGCACCGAGAGCAACCCCCGCAUCCGUCUCGACAAGAACGGCUCCCUGCACAUCUCGCAGACGUGGUCGGGGGACAUUGGCACGUACACCUGCCGGGUGCUGUCCGCCGGAGGCAAUGACUCUCGCAGUGCCCACCUGCGUGUCAGGCAGCUGCCUCAUGCCCCCGAGCACCCCAUGGCGACCCUCAGCACCGCGGAGAGGCGGGCCAUCAACCUGACGUGGGCCAAGCCCUUCGACGGCAACAGCCCCCUGCUCCGCUAUGUCCUGGAGAUGUCAGAGAACAAUGCACCCUGGACCGUGCUCCUGGCCAGUGUGGACCCUGAGGCUACCUCGGUGAUGGUCAAGGGCUUGGUGCCUGCACGCUCCUACCAGUUCCGCCUUUGUGCAGUCAACGACGUGGGGAAGGGACAGUUCAGCAAGGACACAGAGAGGGUCUCCCUCCCUGAGGAGCCCCCCACAGCCCCCCCACAGAAUGUCAUCGCCAGCGGCCGGACCAAUCAGUCCAUCAUGAUCCAGUGGCAGCCGCCUCCCGAGAGCCACCAGAAUGGCCUUCUCAAGGGCUACAUCAUCAGGUACUGCCUGGCCGGGCUGCCCGUCGGGUACCAGUUUAAGAACAUCACGGACGCUGACAUCAACAACCUGUUGCUGGAGGACCUCAUCAUCUGGACCAACUAUGAGAUCGAGGUGGCCGCCUACAACAGCGCUGGGCUGGGUGUCUACAGUAGCAAAGUCACCGAGUGGACACUGCAGGGAGUCCCCACCGUCCCUCCUGGCAAUGUGCACGCGGAGGCCACCAACUCCACGACCAUCCGCUUCACCUGGAAUGCCCCCAGCCCCCAGUUCAUCAAUGGCAUCAACCAGGGCUACAAGAUGGUGCUGUGCAUUUACAUCAGAAAGCAUAAAGUCUGGCUGUCUCUCUUACUAUCGUGUGGUGACCAUUGACCACCCUG